AUGACUUACCUCGACGAUCUGCACUCUUACCUUCACCACUCUUCACUGCUCAUCCAAGCGUACCCCUCGACACGAAUCACGACCAAGUACUCACUACCCAGAAAACCGAACACGAAGGCUCGAUCCAAGCCGAAGGAUGCCACCGUCCCGACAACAGAUACUGCAGCGGCCGCGUCGCAAUCCAAACGGGAACCUUCGGCCGUGCUUACCCUGAAAACAUACCAUCCAGACUCUGGCAUCUGUCUGAAGUACAGGACAGAUAAGGCCGCAGAGGUUGGGAGAUUGUUGGGAGGCUUGGGAAGAUUGGCGAAGGGGGAGAUCAUAGAGAUGCCCGCGACAAGUCCAGCACAGAUUGGGUCUACGACCACAGCCGCUGAAGGCGACAAGAUGGAAGUAGACAGUGGCAUGUCAGCGCCCAAGGCUGAGGACAAAGUGGUCAUGGCGCCGCCUGCGGUGACCCAAACAGGCGGAGGAGGUGGCGGAAAAGGAAAGAAGAAGAAAGGCAAGAAAUGA